AUGGCGGCGACGAUAGUAAAGGCUGGACUUUUCGCCGCCCUUCCUCUCCGUACUCACUUCCCUCCCUGCUUCUCCUCUUCACCGAAGACACUAGCUUCAGUUUCUCGGUCUCUGCGUCUCUCCGCGGUUAAUAACCACCACCAUCGUGGAAGCUCCUGGCCUCGAGUUACCACUUUCUGCACGGCGGCUCCUGAUGAUGCCGUGUCUCCAGUUUCUGAACCAGAGAAGAAGAGUGAAUCUCAGGAGGUGGUGGUGGAGGAAAAUGUGAAAGAGACAGCGAAUCUGUUGGACAUAAGAGUAGGAAGAAUCAUCAAAGCUUGGCAACACGAGGAGGCAGAUUCUCUGUAUGUUGAAGAAGUUGAUAUAGGUGAAGCAGAGCCAAGAAUUAUCUGCAGUGGUCUCGUUAAAUACGUAUCUCUCGAUCUUCUUCAGGGUGCAGCAGUUGUGGUGUUGGCUAAUCUGAAGCCAAGGAACAUGAGAGGGGUUAAGUCAUGUGGUAUGCUUCUUUGUGCUUCUGACUCAUCUCAUGAGAAUGUUGAGCCUUUGGUUCCACCACAAGGUUCUGUUCCUGGAGAUAGAGUUUGGUUUGGUGGUGAAGAAGAUCUUGAGCAGCUUCCUGAGCCUGCACCUGCUAACAAGGUUCAGAAGAAGAAGAUGUGGGAAGCUGUGCAACCGUUGUUGAAGACUGAUGAAUCUGGUGUUUCCAUGCUUAAGGAGGAGCAUUUGAUGCGGACAUCUGUUGGUGUUGUUACUUCCAACACUUUGAAAAACGCAAACAUUUCUUGA